UAGGGAGAGGAGACCCUCACGGGGUGAGGGAUAGACUUGGGUUCACUUUUCCCUUACACCUUUGGGUAUGUGCCUGGAUCCUGAUCCUCCUUUCUGUGUAUGGGCUUGGGUCCCCGAUUCCCUAUCCUUUUUUUGGCUAUGGGCCCAGGUCCCCAAUUCUCCACACCCUGGCUAUCUGCUUGGGUCUCUAUUCCCACCCAGCGAUGAUUUUUAGUUCCUUCCCCGAUAUCCUUUCCUCCCUAAAAAAGAUACCCCGACAUAUCAUGGACCCCAACCCUAAUAAAAAUAAAGUAUUUAAAAUUUUCUUUAAAAAUUAAUGAAGAUUAAAAAGGCCAUAUACUUUUUUUGUUGUGUUUAUUUUUUUAAAUUUGUUGCUAGACAAAUUUUUAUUUUUAAUUCACUUUGUUCUUUAAAUAUUUUUAUUAAAUUUUUAUUUUUAAAUUUUUAAAAAUGGCUACUUUACUUUGUUCAAUUUGUGGUCAACAACCUGAAGUCCCUGUUGUGUCACCCGUUUCUGGAAAAAUUUUUGAAAAGCGUUUGAUUGUGAAAUAUAUUGAAGAAAAUGGUACUGAUCCAAUUAAUGGAGGAAAGUUGGAAGUUUCUCAGGUUUUUUUUUAA